UCGCUCGCAACGCCGAGCUUUUCGUCAAGUUCGCGAAUCUCAUCUUGGUAACCCUGCAUUGGACGUCGACCCAUACCAAACAACGAUGUCGAAGAGCAAAAACUCCAAGCGCGAUGGCGCGGCGCCCCAACACAUUACCGACCCGCGAUUCGCAAACUUCGAGAGCGAUCCGCGGUACCAAUUGCCAUCCAAGAGAAACCUGAAGACGAAGCUCGACAAGCGUUUCUCCGGCGUCCUCAAGGAUGACGAGUUCGUCGCCACCACAAAGGUGGAUCGCUACGGCCGUAGGUUGAAGACGGACACUAAGAAGAAGGCUCUGCAAAAGCUUUACGAAGACGAGGACGACGACGAGGAUGAGGACAACGAAAAGGCCAUCGAGGUUGAGGACGACGACGUUGUGCGCCGUGAGCUCGAAGAGGCCGACGCCAAAUAUGACCCUGCCCGUGGUGGAGGUUUCUCUUCGUCCGACUCAGAUUCCGAAUCGGAACAAGAAGAGCUUCCAGACGAAGGCGAGGAGGAAUCCCGGCCGGGCAUCCGCCUGCACAGGGACGAACAGAGCGUUGAGACGGGCGAAGUCACGAACAGGAUAGCAGUUGUCAACAUUGACUGGGACCACAUCAAGUCAGUGGAUCUGAUGACCCUCUUCUCGAGCUUCGUGCCAGUCGGUGGGCGCAUCGAGAAGAUCUCCGUCUACCCCAGCGAGUUUGGCAAAGAGCGCAUGAACCGCGAGGAGCUAGAGGGCCCCCCCAAGGAGAUCUUCAAGAAGUCGGCCGAGGCCGAGGAUGAGGAUGGCUCCGAGUCAGACAGCGACGACGAGGAGGAUGUGGAUGAAGAAGACGUGGACUCGGACGAUGAGAUCAAGAAGGAGCUCCUGCAAGAAGGCACCGACCAAGACUUUGACAGCGACGCCCUCCGGGCGUACCAGCUUGACCGGUUACGAUACUACUAUGCUGUCAUAGUUUGCUCUGAUCCGAAUACCGCGCACAAGAUCUACGAAGCGACAGAUGGCAGCGAGUAUCUAUCGUCCUCAAACUUUCUUGACCUGCGGUUCAUCCCAGACGAUGUCACUUUUGAUGAUGAGCCACGGGAUGAGUGCGACGCCGUUCCUAAGGGGUACAAGCCCGUCGACUUUGUGACGGAUGCUCUGCAGCAUUCCAAGGUGAAGCUCACCUGGGACAUGCACCCCGAGGAAGUGUCAAGGAAGGAGUCCAUUAAGAAGGCCUUCACGGGCAGCCGCGCAGAUAUUGCGGAGAACGACCUCCGCGCCUAUCUUGCCAGCGGCAGCGAGGGCGAGGAAGAAGAAGACGGCGAGGAGGAGGAGGAUGAGCCGGAACCGACGGCAGAGUCGGCCGCAGAGGACCAAGAAGUUGAAGAGCCCAAGCUCAGCAAAAAGGAGCUCGCAAGACGCAAGAUGCGAGCGGCCCUGGGCCUUGGAGUCGAGCCUACCCAAAAGAGCACCAAGUCCAGCGCGCCUGUUGGAGAUAUGCAGAUCACGUUUACUUCUGCGCUGUCUGAAAAGGAGGCGAAGAGGCCUGCUCUCGGGGAGACAACAAUCGAGAAGUACAAGCGCAAGGAACGCGAGAAGAAGGAGGCUCGAAGGGCAGCAAUGAUCGCCAAGCGGGAAGGCGCUAACAAUGAAGCCGCGGCUGAGGAUGGCGCGGCUGAGGCAACAGCUGACGGAGAUCUUGGCUUCGAUGACCCCUUCUUCACGUCAGAGCAACCGGUGCCUUCCAAGUCGUCUGUCCGGAAGGAGGACCGGCUCAAGAAACGCGCGGCUAAGGAGGCAGAAGAAGCCACCAGGGCUGCCGAGAAGGCGCAACUGGAGCUCCUCAUGGCUGACGACACUCAAUGCGGUGCUAAUAUCGAUCAUUUUGACAUGAAGGAGAUUGCUCGCCUGGAGAAGCAAAAGGGGAAGAAGAAGAAGGGAAAGAAAGCCCGCGAAGACCAAGGCGGUCUGCAGGAGAACUUUGACAUGGAUGUCGAGGAUACUCGGUUCAAGGCCGUGUUUGAAAGCCACGAGUUCGCCAUUGAUCCCUCCAACCCGAAAUUCAAGGCCACCAGCGGCAUGAAGAAGCUGUUGGAGGAGGGGCGGAAGAAGCGCAAGGCGGAUCACAACGAAUUGCCGAGCGAGAGAGUCGAGAGAGCUCCCAAGAAGGUCAAGGGAGAGGCGGUGGAGAUUGACAGUCUGAUUGACACUGUCAAGAAGAAGUCGAGCAGGAGAUAGAGGUAUUCAAACAAACAAAUAAUACACGUUGCCCCUCAACUUUGACCACUCAUGCCUUCUCGACCUCAUCACCUAUCCAGCCCCAAAACAAUAUGGCAGAACUUCUGGUCCGGAAACCGACACGGCUCAGUACGUGCAGCUUCACGGCUCCAGAAACCAAGCCGAGGCCCUCCAAGCUCCUCCACAGCAAGCCCCAACACCAUGGCCGUGCCCGCCGCCACCAGAAAGAAGAGAAGCACGAGGAACACAAGAAGCAGCACGCUCAUUGCUCCUCGAACGCCGCGCCACCCGCUCUCAACGACGAAAACAGCCUCCGGCCCAAGACGCCGCGCCACCGCCGGCGA